CUGCCUUUGAUCCGAACGAGUGAAGGUGCUACUGGGCGACUUGAACUUUGCCACGACCACAGAAGAAAGCACCCAGUACCCGCCCAGAGUGUACAAUGUGGAAAAAGCCUUAAAACAUCCGGAAUAUAAACGGGUUUUCAGAGGAAACGGCAAAAGAUUGUUCAAUGACACUGCCCUCGUUAAGCUUACGGAGCGCAUCUCGAUUUCCCCCGUGAUGAAGCCGCUGUGCAUCUCCGAUUCCUCCCGCCCCGCCUCCGACCUGGACGGCAAGCAGGUCUACGUUGCCGGCUGGGGCGCGACCGAGUUCGCUGGGCCCACCGAGGCCUUGAUGCAGUGGGCCCGGAUCAACGUCACGCGCCACGCUCAGUGCCAGGAGACGUACUCCCGCCAGAACACGGCCGUGGACAACACGCAAAUCUGCGCCAACGGCGAGAACGACCUCGGCGGAGUCGACACCUGCAGGGGCGACAGUGGGGGUCCUCUGAUGGAGCGUCGGAACCACAGGAACCAGGAAACCUCGUACGCCGCGGGCGUCGUCUCCUUCGGCUCCGGCUGCGGCAGCGUCAACUUCCCGGGUCACCCAUGCGGAGAGCUUUCUCGACUGGAUCGGCUGCACGGUGGCGAAGAACUGACCACCUGACGAUAGGGUGGCGGGGGGGGGGGG